CGUUCGUGUACCGGAUCAGCACGGGGGGUGAGUGGGCGGAGCUUCAGCGCACCGGCGGCACCCUCGGCGGCGACCUCGACCGCUCCACCGGCUGCUUCCACCUCAGCGACCUCGCCCAGGACGAAGUCUGGGGUUCAAAACAAGUUACAAAGCAACAUAAAUAAAGCGAGGAAACAGAAAGGGGAGAAUGGUCAUUUUAGGAACGCUACAAGGUAGGGCCGAACACUCUGCAGAAGAAACCAAGAAAUCCUUCAGAGAAUGGUUCUCAAUUCUGUUGCUCCAUAGCUUGGCCAUGCUCGCUUUCUGUUGCCGGGAGACAGCCUGAGGGAUGAAAAUAUGAUCACAAAUCUGUUUGUUGCGGACCUCCCAGAGUUGCACCGUGCGGGCCGUGAAGAUCAUGUGCCAAUGAGGGUCAUCAGGCCUGGCAGUCUGCAUGAAAGAAAGAACGGAGACCAAGGAUUCAGCCAGUGGUAGGAGACCCAAAUCUGUGCAAAGAUCAUGCGUCAGCUUGCAUCACAGGAUGAUAUGGUUAAUUGACUCAACAUCGGGACAACAGUCACAGAAACAGUACUGAAUAUUCCUCCAACUCCUGUCAUAUUUUCAUGUGUAUUCAAUCUUGCUCUGAAAGCAAGCCAAAGAAACACAGGAUAUUUCUUUGGGAUCACAGAGCACCAAAUGUAUUUAGCAGGAGACCAAAAGACAGCACGCGUUGUGAGUAGCCUGUAGAAGAAAGCAGUACAGGGCGGUUUGCAAUUUAACCAUCCCAAUCUCAGAUCACUCUCAGAAUUGUGGUCCACCACUUGAAUGUCACAGAUAAUUUGGUGCAGUCUAUCUAGUUCAGCAGCAGCAGGUGUGGACAGGUCAGGGUGCAACUUAAUGUCCUGAUACCCACUAAAUUGCGAGGUGACCAAACAAAGCGAUCGAUGGCAAAAGAAAAAUGGGAUGGAAACAAGAAAGCAAACCACCCAGAUGAAAUCCACUGAUCAGUCCAAAAGGAGAUGUGCAGACCGUCUCCCAAUGAGCAUGACCUAGCAUCCUGGACUAACUGGAUAAAAGGGCCAUCAACCAUUCACUUUCUUGAACUGUCACAUGUUCUGGUGAAGAUGACACUAAAGAAUUAUUUCCGUGGGCAAAAUGAUCUAUACCUGCUACAAAUUGACACUGCCAAGAUUGCAGAUGGCUUAAUUUAUGAGGCAGCUGAUGGCUGUAACUACUUUCCUCAUUUCUAUGGGCCUGAUCGGAGCUUUGCACCCCUUCAACUAAGUGCUGUUGUCAAGGCAGACAAAAUAGAGCUGGCGAACAAUGAUUUUACUUGCAGUCUACUUGAUGGAGCGGCCAUCUAAUUCUAAUGUGUAACUGAAGGUCUCACUCUUGGCCCUUGUUUACAUAAUUUUCUUGUAAGCUCCCUGUCAAAUUUAUCAAAGACAGUCCACAUGCUUAUGAUAGUACACAAAUUUAAUGUCAA